AUGCCCGACGAUGUGGAGCUCCGAGAAGGGACGUUCUAUAUUGAUCGAUCUGCUGCGUCCUCCGAGCUCUCCAUGCCCCCAGCCGUCUUGAAUGAACGAUAUGAUGGCCCUAAUACCAUGCCCAGUCUGACUCCAGGGCCCCAGAACUUCAUAGAGCUGCUGCCUCUUGGUCCUCCACCCCCAUCUGAUUCAAGCCAAGUUAUUUCCGAUACUUCAGGGGACUCAACAGGAUUCAAAAUCGGGAAAACCGUAACCCUCUCCCCAUUCACAGUGCCCGCGGAUCGAACAGUCAGGCGAAGUCUGAAAGGCAUUCAUCUUUUUAUGAUAACCAUCAACGCCACGCUCGGAACUGGACUCUACUGGCGCGGAGGUCAAAUCCUUGAGCUCGGCGGUCCCUUGGCCGUCCUUUUAUCCUUCCUCCUCGUCGGGAUUCUGUCGUGGGCCGUGAUGCAAUGCAUUACGGAGAUGCUUUGUAUUUGGCCUGUUCCGGGCGCACUCUCGGUGUACGUCAGUAAAUUUGUGGACGAGGAGCUAGGGAUCGCAGUGGGGAUUGCAUACUGGUUUACGUACUCAAUGUCAUGGUCUACGAUUAUUGCUACCUCCGCGGGUGAAUUUGCCUACUGGGAUUCGGUUAAAGACAACCAAAGUUUUCACGGGUUGGUGAUAUAUCUUGCCAUUCCUUUUGUUUUGGUCUGCAUAAAUGCAUUCAGCAUUGAGAUAUACGGGUUCUUGGAAGUCCUGACGGGCAGCUUGAAGAUCAUUUUCCUUGCGAUAAUUGUUGUCACUCUGAUCGCGAUCAGUGUUGGAGCUGGCCCAGUGAGCAGAAGUGCACAGGGAUCUAGCAAUUGGGCUAUGCCAACUGCCUACGACAAAGAGGCUGCAGAAAAUUGGCCCAUCGCGUUGCUGAUGAGUAUUUCCGUUGCUACAUUCGCAUACGUCGGUAUCGAAGUCAUCGCGACAUGUGCACUGGAAGCGCGAUGGCCACGAGAAAGUACAGAUGGGCAUGUUAAAUCAGACACGGAACGCCCCAAUGGCAAUCUCAUUGGGAAGACCGUCAAGUUCUCCGCCAUAUUCAUUUCAGUUCUGGCUACAGCUGCAUAUACUCUGGGCGGCGUCCUCGGAACCUUAGACAUAGCACGAGACGACUCCAAGUUGCCUCGGCUGGGCUGGCUUGAAACCAAACAGAGUACCCAGAAUACUACGACUAACUCUUCCUUUGUUCUCAUCGCAGCAGAAUCGAAGAUUCCACAUUUGGCAGAUAUUUUCAACGUGUUUCUUGUCUUCACGUGUCUGUCAUGUGCAGGUACAAAUCUUUACAUCGCCUCGAGAACGUUAUUUGGCCUCGCUAGUCGCUUAGAGGGAGGAAGCAAAGGGAAAAGGGGAUCCUUCCUUCGCAUCCUAGCGUGGUUUGGAAAGACAAAUUCUCGCAACGUCCCUUUGCGCGCUAUGAUCCUCUCAGCAGUGGCGUUUGGGUGGGUUCCAUUCCUCCAGCUUAUUGGAGGUGGACAUUCUUCAGUGAAUACGUACGUCGACGUCCUAAGCGAGAUGGCUUCUCUCGCAGUUUUGAUAGUCUGGGCCUGCGAAUGUCUAGCAUUCAUCCGAUACUACAACUGCAUCUCCCGUUUUAGAAAUGAACUUGAGGAUGACGAGGUUGCUCAGGUCCGGCGCUGGAGCACAAAUGACUGGCAUGAUUAUCCAUAUCGUAGUCAUGGUCAACCAGUGCUCGCUUAUCUCGCCUUGGCUGGUUGUAUUUUUGUUUUGAUCAUCGCAAAUGGUGCUGCUUUGUGGAAGGGAUGGCACCUUCUGCCAUUCCUUUCUGCAUAUUUAACGAUUGCCGUGUUUUUGGGGCUUUGGGUGUUCUUGAAACUGGCCCGAGGGGCUAGCUGGUCUUGGGAGGAUCUUUCGUCAUAUGAGAAUGUGUCUGAAACAAUACAGUACUUGCAUGAAAUUCGGUUCAGUGCAACGCAGCCUACCUCAACCGCAUGA